AUGUCUGAAAAACCCGAUAUGGCUGAGAUUGAGAAAUUCAGUAGGUCGAAAUUGAAGACAGAAAUGCAGGAGAAAAACCCACUGCCUUCAAAAGAAAUGACUGAACAGAAGAAGCAAGCAGGCAAAUUGUAG